AUGCUUGAACAGCUCGACAUCGCGUUUCGGCCACAGCGAGCGCGGUCUAGCGGAGCAGCGGGCAUCCUGAACACGAGCAAGGUCGCGCCAUUCAUCCCCACGACGUCCUUCGCCUCGACAGCACCCGUCCCUCCCUUCGCGUCCUCCUCGCCCCGCUCUCUCGCCUUGCCCAUCGGCGACUGCAGCGCAAAGACGAGCGUCCUCCUCCCAUCACCGCGCUUCGCACUGCCCUCCUCCUCCUCAUCCACCUCGUCGUUCGAGACGGCUCUCACCACCCGUCCUCCGAAACUGAAGCGACGCGUGACGUUCUCGCCCACCCCGCUCGCGUCGCUGCAGUCUUCGCCGAAGCACAAGGGGAGGUACUCUUCGCCGCUUGGUGCGGGACGAGGCACGGCGGGAGACGAGGAGAAUGCGGGAAUGGGCGGUCCGUUCGGGAGGGAGAGGAAGCGGCCUCGGCUGAUGCGGAACGUCUACUCGGACAACCCGCUCUUUGAGGCGAGGCGGACGGCUGGACGUUUGGCGGCGGACGAAGAUGCGGCGUCGAGCGGCUCGGACGUUGCGGCGGGCGGAGAGUCGUCUGACCCUGCGCUUUCCUCGUCGCCCGCUCGCCUCGCCACCUUGCUUCAUCCUCCAGCGCGACCCGUCGCCAACCGCUCGGUGCAGAUGCUGAGAUCGCCACCGCGUCCGCCGCAACUCGCUGUCGAAGUCAAGUCGAAGCGGGCUGUGCCGAACGCAGGCGAUGCAGUCUUGCCCUUCAGGCUGCCUGGCCUCGUCAUCGUCGAGCAGCCGCAGGACGCGCAAGACGACGCCGAUGCGGACGGCACGGACAGCGAGACGGAGAGCGAGGUCGUCUCGUCCCUUCUACUCCCGACGACUUCGGCCGCUGCCCUCAAUCCCUCGCCCUCGCUUUCCUCAGACACGCCGUCCUCUUCCUCUCCGCUCCGUUCGCCUUCUCAGCGACUUCGCCCUCCCACGUCCUCGAAGCCUUCCAUCGACCGGCCUAUCCUCCCGCUCAAGCCGAUCCUCAAGCCUUUCCCGCAGCCUCUUCCCGCUUUGCUCGCAAAGGACGAACGGGAAGGCCAGCGCAAGAACGGUCGAGGAAGGCGCCACGUCGUCGGCUGGGAGAGCGAGAAGAGGGCGAAGGAAAAGGCGGAAGAGGUGCGGGAGCGGAGGAAGCAGUUGUCGGAAUCGAAGAAGCGGAAGAGGGAGGCUGUCGAUGCUGGCGAAGGUGCUGGCGGGAAGGGGAAGGAGCGGGCUGCGGCAUCCUCGUCGACAUCGGCUGCGGCCAGCUCGACAGCCGCCGGGUCGAAGAGUCGGGGCAGGGUGACGAGGUCCGGCAAGACGAGCGGUGAUGGCGGCAACGGAGGCGGGAAUGGCGACGAUGACCAGCGUCGCCGAAAGCGCCCUCUGCCGUCAGGUAACGGGAAUGGCGGCCCCGGAGCACCGUCACAGACGCCUUCGCCAGCGCUCGACAGCAUCGGCACGAAGCGCUUCGCGUAUGCUGUUGCUGCCGACGAUCCGGUUCUCCUCAUGACGCCUCUCCUUACGCUGCGCUCGUCUUUGCGCCCGACCGAAGCAUUCGACUCCGCCUACGAGGGCGCAGCACCCGCUCUCCCGCCUCGCCCUCAUCCCGACGUUCCUCCACUUGUCGAGGUCGAAGGCGCACCCGGCGUACCAGUCUUCCCGUCUCCGCCGACCCUUCUCAACGACGUCGAGGACGCCUACGUGGCGCUCAAGAACGCCCUCUUCCAGCUUCCCGCGACUUUCGACGCCGCCGUCACCCUCACUCCGCUCCGCACCCAUGCUUCAACCCUUCUCGGCGCACUUACUCGCGACAUCGGAAACAUCAAAACGUUUCCGGCUUGGGUUAAGGAGCAGCCUAUCUCGCAGAACAACGACGGCGGCCUGUCGAGUCCGUUCCCGCCGGCUUCCGACGACCUCAUCUCGAGUCCGGCUGGACAGCCUGCCCCGUCGAGCGAGUCGAGCAGCAACGGCGCAAUGCGGACGAGCCUCACGGAGAGUCAGAUGCGGCGCAUGAGGGACGAGGUGGCGGUUGCUCAGGCGGCGAUCAAGUGCGCCGCUGUGAUCGUUAGGGAUGAACGGCUCAUUGAAGCCUUCGAAGCCGAGUCGCUCGUGUCGCUCGUUUCCCUCGUCUCGUCGAUUCCCCUCGCGCCCGACAUCCUCGGCAUGGUCCAGCGAGACCUCUUCCCCUUCAUCCCCUUCCUCAUCCAGUCACAACAAUUAUCGCCUCAGCGCAUUCAGCCGCUUAUCGUUCCGGUCAUACUCCCUGCACUCCGGGCGACGCUAUCGAUGGGAACCAAGAUCGACCGGUUCCGCUUCGCCUUCUGCGAGUCGCUCGACGCUCUCGCGAAACUCCUGCACACAAACGCUCCCGACCUUCUCGCCGACGAUGCACGCGGAAUCUGGCUUCGUCCUGCGACAAUGGGACUGUGGGAGGUGUCGAGGAAGGGCUUGAGCACGCGCGAGAAGACGAUGCAGGUGCUCGGCAGGGCCGUGCGGGCUUUCACGAUGCCGCUGGAGGAGGGUCGCGAUGCCGGUGAAUGGGAGGGCCAGCGCGGGGUGGUUCGUGAGAAGCUCGCCUCGAACUUUGGCGCCGACUUCCUCGAGAUUCUCAACGAGUCGCCGUCAGACCUUCCGGCUCUUCCGACCGAUGAGGAGUCCAAAGUCACGUUCCGCGACAUCCUGCUCGAGCAGAUCACAACACCGCCGGCGGUGAGCGAGAACGCCUCGCCUGAGCAAGUCGCAGCAGUCCGAGACUCGCACGACCUGUCAAAGGUUGCGAAGCUCGCGCUCAUGCCUGCACUACUGCAGAGCAGCUUCCGCAAGUUCGAAAAGGGAGGAGUCGGACCCUGGAUCCGCCCAUACAACACGUUGACGAGCUCGACCUGCGCGCCCGUGCUCACUUUGUCUGCGCUCGCAUGGUCGAACCUCAUCUACGCCUUUACGAAGACUGCGAGCGGCAAGACCAGCGCGUCAUGGAUCUUCCGCGCCGACCAACGACCCUUCGGCAUCAUCGUCAACCUGUUCACCGCGCGAGCCGCGCGCUGGUCGCAGAGUGCGCAAGCCGCGUCCGACCCUGCGAAGCGGCAGAAGGCCAAGUUGCACGCCAAGGCGCUCGCCCUCGCCUUUGCGAGCGUUGUGUACGGCCUCACCGUCCACGCUCGCCACGGAACAUCGUCGCACCGAGAUGAAGACGCGCCUGUCGACAGUCCUCUUUCCGCCGCGCGCUUCGACCACCACAGCUACACCUUCUCGCACUUGUUGGAGCCGCAUCUUGCGCCGAUGGCGCAGUCGACCGUGUCGGCCGAGGUCAACUCGCUUGCCUGGUCCAUCCUCGCCAAUAUCGUUCGACCGCGAACACCUACCGACCGCCAUGCUGUCCUCGAGACACUAGUCAACCCUAUCUUCCUCGACUUGCCGAUCAGCGAGGUCUCGCCCGACAGCCCUCCUAUGGAGCACCUGCUUGCGGUCGGCAUGCAUCGCGCCGUCCAGCCGUCGCAGAUCCCCGGCUGGGGAGCCCAGUGGGUCGCGUCGAACGUCGAGCGCAUUCUCAAGCUCUUCGAACAGUGCCUGCCAGCCGCAAACGAGAUCCCGCCGCUCGUGCAGGACAACAUGACGCUCGCAUGGCAAAGCCUCAUCCGGAAUCUCCUCGACAGCCCGAAGCGUUUGCGAACGGCCCUCAACUGGCUUGUCCAGCUUACGCGCAGCCGACCGACCAUCGCUGGCGAGUUCUGGGCGGCGACAGUCGCCCGCUCCGAAGCGCCUCUCGUCGAGGCGGUCGCAAAGGUCGCAUCGGCGGACCGCGACGUCGUCGAAGCCGUGACGAAAGCCUGGCUCGGUCUUCACGAAAAGCCUCAGCCACCCGCAGCUGCACUCGCUCGCGCAUGGACGAAGGUUCUCUUCGCCGGCGAUCGUGCGGACCUGACUGUUCACCAGCUCGACUCGGUCAUCUCGCUGCUUCGGUACCACCUCGCAACGGAAUCGGCAAUCAGCGACGGCGUCUGGUUCGAACUUGCGCGGGUCGUCAACGUCGCGCUCUGGCAAAAGCCUCGCGACGCCCUUUGCUCGCACCUGUCGAUGCUGUUGAGCAGCCCGACAGAUGCCGGCGCCAAUCUGCGCCUCUGCGCUCUCCUCGUCCAGGCCAGUCACGGCUUGCACGUCGACGCGCAGAACGACGUCCUCGCGCUAGCGACACACUCGGUCGACGUCGUUCUCGGAACCGAGUCAGCAACAGAAGACAAUAUCGAGUUGAUCAACCGAGUUCUCCAAGCGGCUUCCGACCAGACCUUCCCGACCCUUUACAAGCACAUCCUACGGCACCUCGCGCCGCUCGUACAGCCGACUUCGGAGCACCUGCGCCAUUUCGCUCCUCUCCUCACGCCCUCCCUUGAACGCGCCUACAACCUGGCUGUCAACGACCCCGAGAGCCAAGCCGGUCUUGAGGCGUCGAUGGCUGCUCUCGAACCGACACACAUCAUUAUUCAGCCUCUCACGUCGUUCUACGAAUUUUGGAGGGCGACGUUCGGGCGGGCGACAGGUCAUCUCGAGAUCCCGGCCGACAUGGUCGAUUCGCUGCACAUUAUGAGGCGCAUCUCGACUAGCUUCGACGUCCCCGGACUCGCGGACACGCAGGCAUCCUCGCUCGGCUCGAUGCGUCCAGCUGCGGCCGCCGAGAUGCCUGCCGCUGCGCAGCCUACGGCUUCUACCACCCGACAAGCGCCACGACCGGCGACCCUUACGACGCCCUCCGGACAUCGCUCGGCAGGCUACGAGGCGAAUCAGUCUCGCUUCGGCGCUGGCGGCGUCUCGAAUGACACUGCGACGGGCUCGACUUUCACAGCGUCUCCCCCUCGCGAAGGAGGCGGACCAUCGCCGUCGCUCUAUGCAGACCAAGAAGCGACAGACCAAGCCGCCUUCAAGGACGAUGCAGUUGCGGAAACGCAGGUCGUCGAGGAGACGCCGAAGGCUGUUGACGCCAUGCGGACUCGCGAGUCUAUUGCAGCGCUGCUCAGCGACGCUGCGAUGGCCGAGCACGGGUUGGAAGCGAGCACGACCGCGUCGGAAAGUUUGGGGGAGCCGAACGGACGGAUUGAGCGCCCCGAACUCGUCGGCGAGACAGCCAGCUCAGCCUCCGCUUCGCCUGCGCAACCUGGACCGUCGCGAACAGCAGCCGGUCCGAGCAAGAAGCGCGCCCAUCCGCGCGACGUUGAGGUCGAGAUUCCGGUCAAGAAGCGAAAGGCGGCCUCGGGCUCUCGCACGAAGGGCAAGCGAGGCAAGGCAUCCGCAUCGCCUACUCCUCCGCCCCCUCGUGCAGAUGGUGAUGAAGGCGGGACACAGGAGGCUUCGGCAUCGCUCGACCGGCUCGGCGACACGCAGGACGAGGAAGUCGUCCGCCGCUUUUUCGCGCUCCCGAUCGACACGGUCGUCCAGGUCGGCAAGCGCAUUGGCGGCUCGCCAUCGCUGAAGCGUCUGAUGGACCUCGGCGAGCGGGCGAAGGAGUACAUCGAGUCGUUCCAGUCGGGGUCGUCGUCUUGA